UGGGACCCAAGACAUUGGUGCUGGGGCCAGGAGGUGAGCUCUGUGCUCAGAGGAAGUGCCCACCUGGCACCCAUGGCCUUUCUCGUGUCUGGGACACUGCAGGUGGCCGCACAGAUGGCAGAUGCUCAAGAAAGCCUGGAAAGAAAGGGGAAGUACAACGUGCAGGGUCGAAGGGUGGCCCUGACACUCAGCAGCCCUGAGGUAUCAGCCUCUACAGUGGCCAUCCUGGAGCUUGUGUUCCAGACCCUGGGCUUUGACAGCUGCCGGAGGAGGGAGGCCUCGGCCCAGGAUUUCCUUGAGGAGCUGACUGGGUUCCGGGAGCAGCUGGAUGCCCAUGGGGUCCCUAUGGGCUGUGUCCUAGUGGCCUUGGUGGCCCCCAGUGGGCAGCUGAGGCAGCCACAGAAGUUGGUCCGGGAGCUGAGUGGCUGUGAGGCCCUGCGGGGCUGCCCCAAAGUCUUCCUGAUGCUCUCAAGUGCUCCUGGGGCUGCCCCCAAGCCUGGAGCCUUUCUCACUGUCCUGGGUGAACUCUGUGGCCGCUGUUCUCACUGGUCCCUGCUGCAGCUGCUGACGGAGGUCUUCAGCAGGACGGCUGAAGAGUCCUCAGGGGCCACCUACUGCCCAGUCCUUCGGAGUUCCUUGCGAGGGGCACUGUGCCUGGGAGAUGUGGAGCCCUGGGGGCCUGAGCCAGAACCCAACCCCAGCGCUCAGUAUGACCUGUCUAGAGACAGGGCCGCCCUCCUCCUAGCCGUGAUCCAGGACCGGCCUGGGGCCAAGCAGGAUGUGGAAGCAUUGAAGGGCUUGUGCCAGGCCCUGGGCUUCGAGACCACCGUGAGGAUAGACCCUACAGCCCAGGCUUUUCAGGAAGAACUAGCCCAGUUCCAGGAGCGGCUAGACACCUGCAGGGGCCCCGUGAGCUGUGCCCUUGUGGCCCUGAUGGCUCACGGGGGGCCUCAGGGGCAGCUGCUGGGGGUUAAUGGGCAAGAAGUGCAGCCAGAGGCACUGGUGCAGGAGCUGAGCGGCUGCAGGGCCCUGCGAGGCUGUCCCAAGAUUUUCCUGCUUCAGGCUUGCCGUGGGGGACACAGGGAUGCUGGCAUGGGGCCCACAGCUCUCCCCUGGUUCUGGCGCUGGCUGCGGGCACCACCAGCCACCCCCUCCCAAGCCGAUGUCCUCCAGAUCUAUGCAGAUGCCCAAGGCAGUUCCUCCAGGAGCUUCACUCCAGGGAGCUGUGACCAAGCAGACAUCCUAAUGGCCUAUGCAGCCACCGAGGGCUGUGUAGCCUAUCGGGAUGAGAAGGGUUCAGACUUUAUCCAGACACUGGUGGAGGUCCUCAGAGCUGCCCCCCGGGGAGACCUACUGGAGCUGCUGACUGAGGUCAAUCGCCAGGUGUGUGAACUGGAUGUGCUGGGUCCUGACAGCAAUGAGCGCCGCAAAGCCUGCCUGGAGAUCCGCAGCUCCCUGAGGCGCCGGCUCUGCCUGCAGGCCUAACUGCCUGCAGCCACCCAGUUUGUGCUGACAGUAGGUGGCCACACCCCAGUGCCACCACAGACUCCAUCUACUCCUCAGUUCCCUCACCUAUAAAUGGGGCAC